UCGACGCUCGAACGGCCGCGUUCGACAGUUAGCGAACGGACGCGCAACGGUUCGGUUGUUUUGACUUUCUUUUGGGAUAUUGUUCUCCUUCUUUGCAACCGUCUCUUUAUCCGCCAUUCCGCCUGCAUAGCAUGUGUUCACUAGUCCACAGCCUUGUCGCAAAUUUGCCGUAUCACCAGCUGCAUAAUAAAUUUGUUUCGUACAGCCACCGUUAAAGGGCGGUAAACAUCUCGUUUGAAGAUACGGUUUUUUUCACACAUGUGCGACAGAGAAUAGCAGCGGCCUCGUUAUCGCUCGAACCGUCGCUCCGGUUUUCGUGUGUGUAUGUGUGUGCGUGUGUGUACAAAGAAACAGCGAUCGUGUGCACGCGCAUUGGUAGCAUGAUCUUCUCAUGGAUAUUCCAGUGAGCAUCGUGCAGUGAGCGGAGAGUUUAUACCGGGUAGUGGAUUUCGAGCAAGCGAGCGUGCGCGAGUGAAGCUAUUGGUUUUUUUGUCGUCGCUCUUGCUAACGAAAUAGAAAGAGGGAAAGACGGGGGAAGAGAGAGAGAGAGAGAGAGAGAGAGAGAGAGAGGAGAGAAAGUCUGCGAAAGCGUUGCCGAAAAAAAUUGAUACAGAAUAAUAAUUCAGUGUGAAAUAUGGAGCGGUCGAUUUCCAGAGAGGAGGGCAAGACGAGCUGGUGUACCAGCGCGCCUCUCAUCACUCAGACUUGCGAGACUCUCCUCAGCAAGUGCGAGAUCCCGAUCAUCGACCUCGCUCACAUGGGCACAGAAAGAUGUCCUCAGAAGGGAGUCGUGAAGCAGGUGGCCUCGAAGCUGGUAAGGGCGCUGUCCGAGAAAGGAUUGGCCUUGCUCGUCAACCACGGCAUUCCGGAAUGCAAGCUGAAGGCAGCUUACCGAGCUAUGGAUGCGUUUUGCGAUUUGCCGGACGAAGAACGUGCAAAAUACGAACGCAUUCCGUCGGAUAAUCAUGGCUACGUGAAACCAGGCACAGAAACAUUUUCGGACGAAGUGGAAAUACGUCAUUCUUUCAACAUAACCAGACGCGAUGGAUUGCUGCCUGACAAGGUUGAUGGAUUCAAAUUGGCGGUGGACGAAUUGUCGAGCGAUUUCACACAAUUAUCCACUAUGCUUCUGACUGCGCUGUCUGUGGGCUUGGAACAGUCCCACGACUUCCUGUUGUCGAAGCACGCGCACAUACUCGGCCCCGGGAACUCUUCCACCCUGCGUCUUCUGUAUUAUCCGCCGGUGGGUGCACCGGAGCCAGGAGUGACUCGAUGUGGUGUCCAUUCCGACUACGGCACUUUCACUCUGUUGGCGCAAGACUGCGAAGGCGGUCUUGAAAUACAGUUUCCACGUGGAGAUCGAUGGACUAGAGUGGGUCAUCUGCCGGGCGCCAUAUUGAUGAUUAGCGGCGAACUAUUGGCAUGCUGGACCAAGGGACAGAUCCAAGCACUGAGACAUCGCGUCAUCAUGCCAGAGCACUACGGUCGUGGCCGUCACGCCGUCGCCUUCUUUGUGCAUCCAGAUGACAGCAUUCCGAUCGAGCCGCUCGACAUGCAGAUUGCUGCCAAUCAAGAACCAACACUUUGCCGUCUCCAGAAGAAGAAACGCACCGUCUUCACGGCGUAUCAGCAUCUUCAGCGACGACUUCGCGAGACUUACGCGUCCUAACUACUGUCUGUUUUCGGAUAUCCCGUAAAAUCAAAAUCUUCCGUAACGUUAUUCGCGGUACUAAAAAAAUAUAAAAAAAUAAAAAAAAAAAAAGUUUUCAUGCGCACUCAUUGAACAAAAAAUACAAUCUCGCGAUUUAAUUUCAUAUCAGUUCGAUAUAUUACGAGUAAAAUUGAAUAUCUUACAGAUAAAAGAAUUAUAAGUUUUUUUUUAAUUUUAAAAUGUUUUUUUUUAAUUUUGACAAAUCGCACUAUACAUCGCCUGUAGAUAUACGUGUUACAUAUAAAAAAAGAUCAAAUGUCGAAAAAUAAUUGCACAUAAUUCAUGAUGAUUCAUUCCAGUUUUAAUGUAUCAACUCGAUACAAGUUCAUUACCGACCAUUUUUAGUUUGAAUUUCAACGGCCUAACUUAAUUACCAUCUUGUCUUCACGAUCUGCGUUCACAAAGACUUUUUUCACUGAGCGAAACUAUACAAUACGCUAAAUGUAAGAAAAAAAUAUGUAAAAAGUAUGUAAAAAAUGCGAGUCUCAGGCAAUAAAAAAAUAACGUAAUUUGUA